AUGCAGCAAGCAUUCCAGGCAGGGACGAAGGAAAACUCACAAGUGCAGAGAAACGUGGGUGCAACGCCUACCAAGCCCGCUGCUGCAAUUCAAGAUGCUAUAUCGUCCCCCCUUGCGCGACGCCUUCAGCCGAACAAUGCCGGGACGCCGAAUCCCACGGCGCGACGCGAUGUGCAGCGCGGGGAUGCUGGCAGUCCUGCAAAGUCGCCCGCACACACAGCCAUGUUCCGUGGAAGCUGGAAGAGCAUGAAUGUGGCCGAAGCGCUGCAGCCGUGGGAGAAAGACGCGUUGCAGCUGCCCGAGGUGCAGCGCAAGGCGCAGCUUGCGCAGGUCUAUUUUUUGAACCACUACUUUGAUUCGCUGCGCUACCUCAGCGAUCGCCGGCAACGUCUUGCUGAUUUUGAGCACGGCAUGCAAGAAAGCGGGUACGCUGCACCGCCGCCGUUGGAACAGGCGCUGUCCUCCAUGUCGUUUGAGCCUCAUGGUAUGCUUGCACGCUCGCAGCGCACGAGUCAUGCUUCAAGCGUGAGCGAGGACGAGUACGAGUGUGCGAAGAGGCAACAUUUUACAAAAGAGCGCGAACUGCUUCUUCAUCGCCGUGCAAAGCUCCGUCUUGCGCAGUUCCAUAUUGUCACACAAGUCGGUCAAGGCGGCUACGGCGAAGUGUUCCUCGCGCGCAAGCGCGACACGGGCGAGCUAUGUGCACUCAAACGUUUGCGGAAACGCAUUCUGAUUAAGAUGGACGAAGUGCGCCAUGUGCUCACCGAGCGUGAUAUCCUCACCGCGACACGCUCUCCGUGGCUUGUGCGCCUUUUGUACGCUUUCCAAGACGAUUCGCACGUCUUCCUCGCCAUGGAGUACGUUCCAGGCGGAGAUUUCCGUACGCUUCUCAACAACAGCGGCGUUCUGCGCGAGGAGCAUGCGCGCUUUUAUAUUGCGGAGAUGUUUGUCGCAGUCAACGAGCUCCACAAGCUCGGCUACUUGCACCGCGACCUGAAGCCGGAAAACUUUUUGAUUGAUGCAAGCGGCCACAUCAAGCUGACCGACUUUGGGCUUGCGUCCGGCGCACUGAACCCUGGUCGGAUCGACUCGCUGAAGCACAGGCUCGACCAAGUGAAGGAUACCGACAUGGUCUACCGCACGCCGGCAGAGCGCGGGUCGCUGUUCCAGGCGAUGCGUGCGCACAAUGUCCGGUAUGCUGACUCGGUGGUUGGUUCGCCCGAUUACAUGGCGCCGGAGGUACUGCGUGGCCGCGAGUACGGCACGAGUGUCGACUACUGGAGUCUUGGCUGUAUUUUUUACGAGUUCCUCUGCGGCUUCCCGCCCUUUAGCGGCGCGCAUCCCGACGAGACGUGGGCCAAUCUGAAGAACUGGCCAAAAGCGCUUCAGCGGCCUGUAUAUACCAAGCCCGAAGAUUUGCAGUUCAACCUGUCCGACGUUGCGUGGGACAUAAUUGUGCGCCUGAUCAAUACCCCCGAGCGUCGGUACAAUUCCUUGGGCCAGGUUCAGGCGCAUGCUUUUUUCCGUGCCGUCGACAUGUCGAAACUACGCGAGAUUCCCGCGCCGUUUAUCCCCCAGCUGGAAAACGAUCAUGAUACGGGCUACUUUGACAAUUUUGAUGACCCAGCGGACAUGGCCAAGUACAAGGAGGUGCAAGAGAAGCAGCGCCACGUCGAGACGAUGGAAGCAAAGAACGGCGCCACAGCAGGCGGUCGCGGCAUGUGGGUAGGGUUUACCUUUGGCAAGAACUGGGCCAAGGCGGGGCACGCCAACCCUGCGCUCCAGCGCAAUACGUCUACCAAACUUUCUACCAUGUUCUAG